CUGGAGCCAGAAGGGAAAGUAUUUGUUGUAAUAACCCUAACAGGAAGUUUCACUGAAGCUACUCUCCAGAGAGACCGAAUCUUCAAACAUUUUACCAGGAAGCGCCAAAGGGCUAUGAGAAGGCGAGUCCACCAGAUCAACGGACAUAAGUUCAUGGCCACAUACCUGAGGCAGCCCACCUACUGCUCUCACUGCAGAGAGUUUAUCUGGGGUGUAUUUGGGAAACAGGGUUAUCAAUGCCAAGUGUGCACCUGUGUCGUCCACAAGCGCUGCCAUCAUCUAAUUGUUACAGCCUGCACCUGCCAAAACAAUAUUAACAAAGUGGAUUCAAAGAUUGCUGAGCAGAGGUUCGGAAUCAACAUCCCACACAAGUUCAGCGUCCACAACUACAAGGUGCCAACGUUCUGUGAUCACUGUGGCUCCCUGCUCUGGGGGAUAAUGCGACAAGGACUUCAGUGUAAAAUAUGUAAAAUGAAUGUACACAUUCGAUGUCAGGCCAACGUGGCCCCAAACUGCGGAGUGAAUGCGGCGGAGCUGGCCAAGACUUUGGCAGGAAUGGGCCUCCAACCCGGAAGUAUUUCUCCCACCUCGAAUCUCGUUUCCAGAUCAACCCUAAGACGACAAGGAAAGGAGAGCAUCAAAGAAGGAAAUGGCAUUGGGCUUAAUUCUUCCAACCGACUUGGGAUCAACAACUUUGAGUUCAUCCGAGUACUGGGGAAGGGCAGCUUUGGGAAGGUGAUGCUUGCAAGAAUAAAAGAAACAGGAGACCUCUAUGCCGUGAAGGUGCUAAAGAAGGACGUGAUCCUGCAAGAUGAUGAUGUGGAGUGCACCAUGACAGAGAAGAGGAUCCUGUCUUUGGCCCGCAAUCACCCCUUCCUCACUCAGUUGUUUUGCUGCUUUCAGACCCCUGAUCGUCUGUUUUUUGUGAUGGAGUUUGUGAACGGGGGCGACUUGAUGUUUCAUAUUCAGAAGUCACGUCGUUUUGAUGAGGCACGAGCUCGUUUCUAUGCUGCAGAAAUCAUUUCGGCGCUUAUGUUCCUACACGACAAAGGAAUCAUCUAUAGAGAUCUGAAACUGGACAACGUACUUUUGGACCACGAGGGUCACUGUAAACUGGCAGACUUUGGAAUGUGCAAGGAGGGGAUCUGUAACGGGGUCACCACGGCCACCUUCUGCGGCACACCCGACUACAUUGCUCCAGAGAUCCUCCAGGAGAUGCUCUACGGGCCUGCAGUGGAUUGGUGGGCAAUGGGCGUGCUGCUCUACGAGAUGCUCUGUGGCCAUGCGCCCUUUGAAGCAGAGAAUGAAGAUGACCUCUUUGAAGCCAUACUGAACGAUGAAGUGGUCUACCCUACAUGGCUGCAUGAAGAUGCCACAGGGAUCCUGAAAUCUUUCAUGACCAAGAACCCCACUAUGCGCUUGGGCAGCCCGAGUCAGGGUGGCGAGCAUGCCAUCUUGAGACAUCCUUUCUUUAAGGAAAUCGACUGGACCCAGCUGAACCAUCGCCAAGUAGAACCACCUUUCAGACCCAGAAUUAAAACCCGAGAAGACGUCAGUAAUUUUGACCCCGACUUCAUAAAGGAAGAACCAGUUUUAACUCCAAUUGAUGAGGGACACCUUCCUAUGAUUAACCAGGAUGAGUUUAGAAACUUUUCCUUUGUCUCUCCAGAAUUGCAUCCAUAG